UUGUUGUGGUUUUCUUUGCAAAAUGUAGGUAUUAUCAACAAUGAAAACAAUUUUUAUUUGUUCGAAAAAACAAACCAAACAAAUAAAAUAAUGGAAAAGCAAUCUCAACAACAAAUCUACGAAAAUUUCAUAAGAAAACUAAUUAAAUCCUAUGAAGCAAACCCUGCUUUAUGGAAGAAGGAAGAUCCAAAUUACAAAUCCAGAGAGAGCAGGGAAAAGGCAAUGAACAAUUUACUGGAGGUGGCGUGCGAAUUUUUCCCUGAUGCAAAUAUGGAUUUUGUAAAGGGAAAACUUGAAAACAUAAAGGGAGGAUUUAGAAGAGAACACAAAAAGGUAACAGAGUCUAAGAGAAAAGCUAAACAUGAUGGAGAUAUUUAUGUUCCUGCCCUAUGGUAUUACAACCACCUUCUAUUUCUUGUUGGAGAACAAUACAAAGGUGAUGAAAUAGAAGAGUUUAAAGAUAAUAGUAGAAACCUCUAUGCCUGGACAAAACCAAACACAGUAAUCCUAAUCGAUCUGCUAAGAAAAUACCCAAUCCUAUAUACAAAUGAAUGUACCAUGAAGGGUAAUAAAAGUAAACGCGUUAAGGCCUACGACGAUAUAACAAACGAGCUUAAUGCGGCAAUAGAAAGUAAUUUUGCGAUGCUUGAAGUUAAAUUAAAAAUUAAUACUUUAAAGCAACAAUUUAGAAGAGAGUGUAGAAGGAAAGUGGACAAAAGGGCAAAGAUGUUAUCCAGUUUGUGGUGUUACGAUUUAUUACUGUUUUUGAAAGAUUCUCCAAUGUCCGUUAAUCAAAAAGUGGAACAAAUCAGCUCAGAAAAUGAAGAUGAUGAUGAUUUAGAAGAAACUAUGACGCCUGAUUGUGAAGACCAGGUUGAACAAGAAAAUGAAACAACUCAUUUGGAAAAUGAUCAAGAUGAUAUUUAUGACAUUAUAGGCAAAAAUGUGGCAAUGAAACUGAGAGAUAUGAGCGACGACCAAAGAUUACAUGCUGAACAGCUCCUAAAUACUGUUAUGUACCAUGGUUUGAUGGAACAUUUAACCAGCGACACAGAACUGUGUUUUCAGAACUUCAAUUAACAUAAACUACAACAUUUUUCUAAUAUUGCUUUACUCCAAAAUAACAAACAUAGAAAAACAAAAAUGGAAUUAUUAAAUUACACAGCCAAAAUGACUAUUGAAUCCUUUGGUCAGAAUUUUAUUAAUAAAAUAAAACAAAUUAAUUGGGUUGUCUUUUUGUGCUCCAAAUACUAUUGGUUCACGCUCAACUAUAAAUUAAUGGAAUAAGGCACAAAUAACUUCGUCAAUUUUUCAAACUGAUCAUACAGAUUUGCUUUUUCUUAAAACAUCAUAGGCUGCGCCCAAAGCCCAACUUAUUUCGUGUCCAGAUAUUUUCUUGU